AUGGACCCAAUCCGCAUCUCAUACAACACACUCCGCACAAACCCAUCCUCACUCAAGGACGCCAUCCAAGCCGGCCUAGGCUCACAGUCGGGAGCGCUCGGCGUGGUUCUUAUCCAAGACCUUCCCCCAUCUUAUACCUCCCUCCGUACUCGUCUCCUCAACCAAGCUCCAAUCCUCGCCUCACUCCCAUCCUAUGAGAAGAGGCGGCUAGAGUCACCAGAAACCACAUACUCCUUCGGCUGGUCCCAUGGCAAGGAGGUCAUGAACGGGCAACCAGACACAGCCAAGGGUAGCUACUACGCCAACCCGCUCGUCGACACCCCAGCCGUCAGUGAAGACAAGAAGAAUGCGUAUCCCGAAUACUACGCCGGCAACAUCUGGCCUGACGUGGCGGAGUUGCAGGACUUUGAGGGGGCGUUCAAGGCGUUAGGUGGCUUCGUCGCCGAGGUCGGGUUCGCGUUGGCGGAAGCGUGUGAUGCUGUCGGGUUCUCCCCGGGAGUUGCCCCCCUCAUCAAGGAGAGCCAGAGUAAUAAGGCCCGCCUGCUGCAUUACUUUCCGUCGCCGGCUGGGAGUCGGGCUGAUGACGCGUGCGGGACGCAUAUUGACCAUUCGCUGUUGACGGGGUUGUGCUCUGCAGUCUACCUCCAACCCCGGGAUGGCGGGCUCGUCGCCGUUCCCCCGCCCUCCCCCAAUGCCGGACUCUGGAUCUAUCCUCGCGAGAGUAAGGAGGCUGUCAAGGUCCAGAUUCCGCCUGACUGCUUGGCGUUCCAGACCGGCGAGGCACUCGAGGUCCUCUCUGACGGCCGACUGGCCGCCACGCCGCACUAUGUCAGUGGCGGGACUGGGAGCGACGACGUUAGUCGCGAGACGUUUGCCUUCUUCCUCCAACCAGACGUCGACGACGUGAUCGGCACCGACGGCGAGACGUUUGGCCAGUUCACCAAGCGCGUGCUCGAGCGACACUACGCCGACGGCACGGCCACCAUAUAA